CCUAAAACGUUCGGAUAAGGGGGAGAGGAGGGAAGAAGACGUAAGUGUGAUCAUGGAGGAGAGGAGGGAGACGAGUGGAGAGCAGCAGGUGGCAGUAGAGGAGGAGGAGGAGGAUGUGGUGCUUCCGGGAUUCCGGUUUCAUCCCACGGAUGAAGAGCUUGUGGGGUUCUAUCUGCGGAGGAAGGUGGAGAAGAAGGGUUUCAGCAUAGAGAUCAUCAAAGAGAUAGACAUCUACAAACAUGAUCCAUGGGAUCUUCCAAAGGUCAUAUCUGCUGGAGAGAAGGAAAGGUACUUCUUUUGCUUGAGGGGUCGGAAGUACAGGAACAGCAUAAGGCCUAACAGGGUCACCAGAUCCGGAUUCUGGAAGGCCACCGGUAUCGACCGGCCGGUCUGUUCCGAUACCGGCGACUGCAUCGGCCUCAAGAAGUCCCUCGUCUACUACAAAGGAAGCGCAGGCAAGGGCACCAAGACCGAAUGGAUGAUGCACGAGUUCCGCCUUCCUUCCAAGAACACCAGCAACACCAGUCUCAGCAUGCAAGAAGCGGAAGUAUGGACGAUAUGUCGAAUCUUGAAAAGAAAUGGCGUCUGUCACAGAAAAAGCCCACCAAAGUGGAAAGAAUCAAAUAACACCAAAACCCAAGCUGAUUCGAGUUCGAAAACUAGCAGCUUCGAAUCCGACAGUGGAAACGAGACCAUGUUCUUCGCCGCCUCAAGCUACCUUCAGGGAGGAGUGAUGUACGUUAGCAACUGCUACGCUGAGCGGGAGCAAAUGUAUGGAAGCCAAUGGAACUCGAUAGCACAAGCUCCCAUGGCCGCGUUGCGCUCCGACGUAGCGUCGAGUCCUAACGUGAAUGACAUCUUCGGAGACGGCAACUGGGAUGAGCUUGGGAGGAUCAUGGAGUCCAUGACAGACCAAGACAUGGCCUCUUGUUGUAGAUACACUUGAAGUGAAGACCAGAGAUCAUCGAAACAAGGAACACAGAGAGUGAAUGGAUGAUGAUUCCUUGUGAUCUUACCCAAGACUGGGGAAUAGCAUACGGAGCUCCUUGUUUUAUUGGGACGAUUGAUCUGAUGAUACCUGCAAAACAAUACUCAAUCAGUUUGCUAAACCUGAACGAGUGAAAGAUACAAUACUGUUGGUAUAGAAAUGCAGUUUAACCUUUCUUCACUCUCCUUUUAUAUAAUUAAUGUUCCUUUUGUUCUUCGUCAGUAAGAGAUGUUUCUCAUCAUACUUUUCUCGUUCUA